UUACGGCAUCAAACGAAAACAACAAAAGCUCCUGCACAGGGUGGAACAAUUGGUUUAGUGUUUACGUUUUGUGUUCACAUUAUCUGGCUCAAUUUUUCGAAUUUACCCGCUUGCUCGCGGCUGCAAGAUGACCGUUUUUAAUCUACUAACAUUCCCAAACGUUUGUCGAGCGUGCCUGCAAUCGGUACAUCCCGACCAGACGGUACCGGUCGACACGUACCGUCCACUGCUGGAAGCCACAGUCGCCACAUUUCUGCAGGAUAUCUCAUUCGAGAUGCCGGCGGAUCUUUUGCCAUUCAUACCCGAUGCCGUGUGCAUUGCCUGCCUUGAGGUGAUGGAAUUCUUUAGCAAAUAUCGACGAAAAAUCAAGCACCUGCAUGAGUUUCUUUCCGCACUGGUGCGUGUGAAGCUGAGGGACGAACAACCACUGCGAGAGCUGUUUGAAAACCGAACGGAACAUUUGGAUGUACUGUUCCGGGAUUUAGAUUUGUGUAACAGAACGGGCGCAGGAGUAGAAGAUCUGCUGGACGAGUACGAUCAGUACGCGAUCGCUUCCAUGGACACAGCGGUAGCCACACAGGAAGCGGAAGAACCGAUGGAGGAACAGUACUUGAUUUACUGCAGCGAGGAAGAAAGUGAAGCAACACAAUCGGAACCCGACGAAUGGAGCCAUCGUUCGAAAGGCUUAAAAAUAGAGCUUGACACGGGUACGGCGCAGAACGAUAGCGAGGUACAGAAACUAACAGCAUUGGCUGACAGUGGGACAGGGAAGCAGCAAAAAGCGCCCGAUAGCCAAGCGGAUAAAUCAAGCUCCCUACUACGCAAACAAUUCCAUUGCGAACAGUGCCCGUACAAGACCAUCUUUACCGUGGCCUACACAAUCCACACGAAGAAGCACGAACAGAAUGAGGGCAGGUAUGGGUUCGUGUGCAACAAUCCGUACUGUUUGCAGCUGUUCGAUACGGCCCAGGAACUGAAGCUGCACAAGAAAGCCAAUCCACACAAGCAGUAUGAGUGUGAAAUUUGUGGCGCCGAGCUGAAGCAUCGCAUAUCGCUGGAGGUGCAUCUGGAGCGUCACGUUGGCAUCACCCACUUCCAGUGCACGUACUGCACGUCGUCGUUUCACACGAAAACGGAAAUGCAAAACCACAUCGCGGCCAUUCACAUCAGCGAGGAUCGGGCAGAGUGUGAACAGUGCGGGGCGGUGUUUACCAGCAAUAAGCUGCUCAAACAGCACAUCGAAUCACACAACACGGCACGCAACUAUCAGUGUGUCGAGUGUAAGCGAUCGUUUAAAACGCAACAUCAACUAAACCGCCACUUUAAGGUGCAUUCCGAUGUGCGGUAUCAGUGUGAGCACUGUGAAAUUUCGUACACCCGGCGCGAUAAGCUGCGGAUGCACGUGGAGAAAGCGCACAAGAUUCAAACAUACUUCGUGUGCGACAUCUGCCUCCGAUCGUUCGACAACGAUGAAGCCCUGCAGCAGCACCUGCAGCGACACAAAUUCCCAAACAAUCUCGAAUGUGGCACCUGUUUGCUGGUGUCCCUGACGGAGGAAAGCUUCGCCAAGCACACGUGCAUUACGUACCAGGAAAACUAUAUUUGCUGCGGGCACGACUUUAAGCACCACACCGUGUACAACAAGCACAUGAUGCGCCACGGCAUCAAGGUGAAUGCGCGCGUGAAACCAAACACGCGCGGCGUACUGGUAGGGCAGGAAAGGGCUUCGAAAACGGCGGAAGGAUCCCGAUCGUGCGCAUUUGUACUGCCCGACCAGCACGAGAAUGAAGCGGUUUCAGCAAAAAGGUACGAUUGUUCGGAGUGUGGCAAUAGCUUCAGCACUAUCCGCAAACGGAAUCAGCACAAAUGUAUCGUGAUGGAAGUGAUGGAAGAAGAUGACAGCAGCGUUGGGAUAGCGGAAGUUAACGAAGAGCUUGUACCAAUUUUCUGAUAAUCAUCAGUCAAUGAGUUUGGGAUUAGAAAUCCCCCAGAAGACAGAGCGCGAAGAGCGAAUAAAGCUGACAUUUCGGAUCCAA